AUGGCGUCUGAAGAACCCGCUGCCGGUUCUCUUGCGGACCGCAUCACCAAGCCCGAGGAAUCUGCUCCUGCCGAAGCUCCCGAACAGACCGAAGAUAUUCCUCAGACCGAUGGCGCCGCCGCCCAACAGGGUGGCUCCGACCUUCAUGAGCCUGACUACACCGUUGAAGUCAAGCUCAGCGAUCUCCAGGCCGACCCGAACAACCCCCUUUUCUCCGUGAAGAACUUUGAAGAUCUCGGCCUGGACCCCCGCAUCCUCCAGGGAUUGUCGGCAAUGAACUUCCGGAAACCCUCCAAGAUCCAAGAGAGGGCCCUCCCGCUGCUACUUGGCAACCCCGCGAAGAAUCUGGUCGGUCAGUCCCAGUCCGGUACUGGAAAGACUGCGGCCUUCGUCCUGAACAUCCUCAGUCGCUUGGACCUCUCGUCGGAGCAGUUGCAAAAGACCCCCCAGGCGUUGAUUUUGGCCCCCACACGAGAGCUGGCUCGUCAGAUUGUUGGUGUCAUCCAAGUGAUGGGCCAGUUCCUUGAUGGGCUCGUUAUUGGUACCGCCGUGCCGGCAGAUACUGGCGCUCGUCCCGCCAAGAUGGAGUGCUCCGUCGUUGUGGGUACCCCUGGUACUGUGAUGGACAUGAUUAAGAGGCGCAUCAUGGUUGCGAACAAGCUCCGCGUGCUUGUUCUGGAUGAGGCCGACAACAUGCUCGACCAGCAGGGUCUGGGUGACCAAUGUAUCCGUGUGAAGGCUCUCUUGCCUAGAGAUAUUCAGGUCGUGCUCUUUUCGGCUACCUUCCCUGCUCACGUGCACGAAUAUGCGUCCAAGUUCGCCCCCCAGGCCAACGAGAUCACCCUCCAGCAUGAGGAGUUGACGGUCGAGGGUAUUAAGCAGCUGUACCUGGACUGCUCGAAUGACGAGGACAAGUACCAGACCCUUGUCAACCUCUACGGUCUGCUCACCGUCGGCUCGUCCAUCAUUUUCGUCAAGACCCGUGCCUCCGCCCAGGAGAUCGAAAAGCGCAUGGUUGCCGAGGGUCACACCGUGGCCUCCCUGACCGGUGGCAUUGAAGGAUCGCAGCGUGACGCAGUCAUUGACCAAUUCCGUGCCGGACACGCGAAGGUCUUGAUUACGACCAAUGUGCUUGCCCGUGGUAUCGAUGUCUCCACUGUGUCCAUGGUUAUCAACUACGAUAUCCCUGAGCUGCACCAACCCGGCGCCCGUCAACGACAGGCCGACUUCCAGACCUACCUGCACCGUAUCGGCCGUACGGGACGUUUCGGCCGCGUGGGUGUAUCCAUCUCUUUUGUGUCCAACCGGGAAGAGUGGGAGAUGCUCAACCAGAUUCAGCGAUACUUCAACACUAACAUCCAGCGGAUUGACACCAAGGACUGGGACGAGGUGGAAGACAUUAUCAAGAAGACGAUCAAGAGCUCCCGUGCCCAACUCGGCUUCCGGUAG